CGGCCCUGGGAGGGGGACAAGCACCCAAACCAGUGUUGCCUUCUGGGCGCAUCUAGAUACGCUGUUACCUGUUUACACAACAGGGACCCCGGGGAAAGGAAGAGAAGGGAACCUGGGAGGCUCUCCCUCCUCCUGGAGGCAUCACCCUCUUCUGUCAACCACCCCCCUGCUCCAGGGACCCUGGGGCUCCACUGAAGCCAGGGGCAAGCCGCACGGGGCGGUCUCUUUGGUGCCCAGGCGUGGGUCCCAGGCCUCCUGGUGCAAGAGCGCAGGAGGGAAUGCGAUGGCUCCUCUCCUGCCCCGCCCGCCUGGAGCUGGUCUCUGGGGCCCGGAAGUCUGGGUAGUUAACUGGCCAAUCUCCCCAGAAGGUGAACCUACGGGCUCUAGAGUCGAAGCCGCCACAGUGAACCUAGGGGACAUGGCGUGCCCUGGAAGCUGACGGGCCAGAGACCCAGGAUCCGAGAGCUGGUCUUUGGCCGCUGGCAGGAGAGGCGCGGGCUGCAGCACCUGCACGGAGGAGGCGCUCUCCCCGGGGAUCAGCCUCUGUCCGGCCUGCUGGCCGCCCUGGGAUCUCCCCCUCCUUGGGCAGAGGCCCCCAGCCUCUCCUGGAAUAGCCUCGGAGAAUUACUGGGUGGCGGGAGUCGGCACCAGCACAGUGAGCAGUGGGGGGCAUCCGUGGGCCUGGGGACACGGACUGGGGGCUGCUGCCUGACGGCCUCCACCGGCGACCCCCACUCCCGCCUGGACCUUCCUUCCUCAGGGACGCACAACCAGUCCUGGCCAUGGGCGGCGCCGUGGUCGACGAGGGCCCCACCGGCAUCAAGGCCCCCGACGGGGGCUGGGGCUGGGCCGUCCUCUUAGGCUGCUUCGUCGUCACGGGCUUCUCCUACGCCUUCCCCAAGGCAGUCAGCGUCUUCUUCAAGGAGCUCAUGCGUGAGUUUGGGAUCGGCUACAGUGACACGGCCUGGAUCUCCUCCAUCCUGCUGGCCAUGCUGUAUGGGACAGGCCCGCUCUGCAGCGUGUGCGUGAACCGCUUCGGCUGCCGGCCCGUCAUGCUCGCCGGUGGCCUCCUGGCGUCCCUGGGCAUGGUGGCUGCGUCCUUCUGCAGAAGCAUCAUCCAGCUCUACCUCACCACUGGGGUCAUCACCGGCUUGGGCUUGGCGCUCAACUUCCAGCCCUCCCUCAUCAUGCUCAACCGCUACUUCAACAAGCGGCGCCCCGUGGCCAACGGGCUGGCGGCCGCGGGCAGCCCCGUGUUCCUGUGCGCCCUGUCCCCCCUGGGGCAGCUGCUGCAGGACCACUACGGCUGGCGGGGCGGCUUCCUCAUCCUGGGGGGCCUCCUGCUCAACUGCUGCGUGUGUGCCGCGCUCAUGAGGCCGCUGGAGGCGCCCCGGCUGGGCUCGGGGCCCGAGACCCAGCGGCCAGCCCGGCGGCUGCUGGACCUGAGCGUCUUCCGGGAUCGUGGCUUCGUCAUCUACGCCGUGGCCGCCUCCAUCAUGGUGCUGGGGCUCUUCGUGCCCCCCGUGUUCGUGGUGAGCUAUGCCAAGGACCUGGGUGUACCCGACACCCAGGCUGCCUUCCUGCUCACCGUGCUGGGCUUCAUUGACAUUUUCGCCCGGCCCACCGCGGGCUUCAUCACAGGGCUUAAGAAGGUGCGGCCGUACUCCGUCUACCUCUUCAGCUUCUCCAUGUUCUUCAACGGCUUCACAGACCUCACGGGGUCCACGGCCAGCGACUACGGUGGCCUGGUGGUCUUCUGCAUCUUCUUUGGCAUCUCCUACGGCAUGGUGGGGGCCCUGCAGUUCGAGGUGCUCAUGGCGAUUGUUGGCACCCAGAAGUUCUCCAGUGCCAUCGGCCUCGUGCUGCUGCUGGAGGCCAUUGCCGUGCUCAUUGGACCCCCGUCGGGCGGCAAGCUCCUGGACGCGACGCACGUCUACCAGUACGUGUUUGUCCUCGCAGGGGCCGAGGUGGUGGCCUCCUCCCUCGUGCUGCUGCUGGGCAACUUCUUCUGCAUCAGGAAGAGGCCCGAGGCGGCCGCGGAGGAGGAGGAGCGCCACAAGCCGCCCGCGGACGUGAGGGUGGACUCUCGAGAGGUGGAGCACUUCCUGAAAGCAGAGCCUGAGAAAAACGGGGAGGUCGUUCACACCCCAGAAACGAGUGUCUGAGCCAAGGAGGCCAGCAGGGCUGAGGGAACCGGACAGAGACUUCAAGGCUCGUGUUUAUUUCACAAACAGGACUGGCUUGGGUGGGGCCCUCCGUGUGUCUCGAGGGGCUGGUGGGGUGGGAACCGUGUCAUUCCAAAGCAGGUCUGUGGUAGAGCCAAGCCGCGAGGUUGCAAGCCGUCUGCACCGGGGCCCCAGCCUGCUGACCCCAGAGCAGCCCGGUGCCCACCGCUGAGCUCAGGGACCUAGAAAGCCACGCUUCAGAGACAACACGACUGGGAUCAGGGCCAGAGCGGCACCGUCUUGGGAGAGAACCACCCCCUGCACGUGGCUGGCUGCACCCUGUCCCGCCCCCCCUCCACCAAGGCGCCCCAGACCACCCCUCGCCGAGUGUCUGGGGGACAAACCUCCCCUCCACCUCUGAAGGUCUGAAAUAAACCUGCGUAUGGGAGGAACCACCUUGGAAGGAAUGUCUUCAAAGAACUGGGGUCUCGUUCUACGAGGGGCAGGGGUCCGACUGCUGGCUCCGAACUCACUUUUUCAACAGACAACCUGGUCAUUUUUACAAAGUGGCUCUGGCCGUUGUCAGCUAGGCUGGCUUUCUAAAUGCUGCCUGUUCUGGACCCCGUGCCGCAGGAGCCCAGACGGCUCAGAGCAUCCACACAGGGGCCCGGUGCCUGGCAGGGAAGGGGGAUGUGCUGCGGGGGUCUCGCUGCACCCAGGAGCCUCUUCAAGGCGUGGGCACUUGGGCAGAGACAUACGUGUGAUUCAUGUUCUCUAUGUGUGUGUUUAAAGAAAAUGAUCUUC